AUGGCCAACAAGUGGGAAGAUAAUGAGGAGAUCAAGAUCUUCAGGGAAUACCUCCGGAUCGCUAGUGUUCAUCCCAAUCCCGAUUACAAGCCGUGCGUUGACUUUCUGAAGCGCCAGGCUGACUCUCUGGGGAUGCAAUUCAGAGUGUUUUAUCCUGUGAAUGAGAACAAUCCAGCAGUUGUGCUGUCGUUGGCGGGAAGUGAACCAUCUCUGCCCACGAUCCUCCUCAACAGUCAUAUGGAUGUGGUUCCUGUGUUCCCCGACAAGUGGACUUAUCCUCCCUUCUCUGCCCACGUGGAUGCUGAAGGUAGGAUCUUCGCUAGAGGCACGCAAGACAUGAAGUGUGUGGGAACGCAGUAUCUUGCAGCCUUGAGAGCUCUGAAGAGGACUGGAAAAACUCUCAAGAGAACCAUUCAUGUGCUCUUUGUGCCUGAUGAGGAACUUGGAGGCUAUCUGGGGAUGAGAGAAUUUGUGCACACCGAAGAUUUUCGAUGUUUGAAUGUCGGUUUCGCCCUGGAUGAGGGAUUAACCUCAGAAACGGAGGCUUUUAUUCUCUUCUACGGCGAUAAAAGUCCUUGGCAAGUGACUUUCAAGUGCUCAGGGACGCCUGGUCAUGGUGCAACUCCAUUGGAGGACACAGCUGGGGAGAAGAUCAGCUACAUCAUUGGCAAAGUGAUGGAGAUGCGAAGUAGAGAAUGUGCGAAGAUGAAGAAGAAUUCCAGCUUCUUUGCCGGCACUGAGACUGUCAUCAAUCUGACCAAGUUGGAGGGUGGAGUUCAGGCGAAUGUCGUUCCUCCGCUCCUCAGUGUCACUUUCGACAUGCGCCUGGCCAUCAAUCUGGAUCACGAGGCAUUCUUUCGGCAGCUUCAGGAUUGGUGUGCAGAAGCUGGUGGUGGAAUUGAGAUGGUGUUCGCGAGGAAGGAUAAGAAGUCACCAGUGACCAAAUUGGAUGACAGUAACAUCUUCUGGGUGGCCUUCAAGGCUGUGGCCGAUGAGAUGCAACUCAAGCUGCAACCGAUCAUUUGUCCAGCAACCACAGACAGUCCAUUCUUGAGGGAAGUUGGAAUUCCAGCACUUGGAUUCUCACCAAUUUCCAACACUCCGCUUCUUAUUCACGCCCACGAUGAGUUCAUCUUCGCCGAAGGCUAUCUGAAGGGCAUUGAGAUGUAUCAGAAAAUCAUCCACAAAAUCGCUAAUUGCUGAAAAAUGUAUUUGGGAACAGUGAAUUCUUAUCAGGUGUGCUUAAGAAAUGAGGUUUAUUUGAAGAUUUCACGUGCAAAUAGACAGAUUUUGAGAUAAUCUCUCAUCCUUCACUUGAGUCAGUUGAGUAUAAAGUGCAUUUUCAUUCUUCUGUAAAUGACAGUGAGAAACUAAAAUAUUUUCUGUACAUGAAAGAUGAAAAUGGUCCAUUUUUCCCAUUAUAUUUCUGCCUUUUUUUCCCAUAUAUAUAUGCAAUAUGUUUUUCAAUAUUAUACAGUCAGCAACCACAAUUUCAAUCUCCGCUCUGUCGAAUGAAAUAAAAGUCAGAAGAUAACCGCAUUUAUUAAAUUUUUCAGUUUGAAUUUUUGAGUUAUUCACUAUCACCACGUCCCCGUCCGCCCGUGUUCUCCGUGUUACAUUUUGGAAUGCGAAUUUUUAACUAUAUCAUAAUGGGUGUUUUAACCUACUGAGUGAGAG